AUGAGCCGAGAGCGCACUCAUACGGAUGGACUCAACAUAGCAAUCGCUGUAGAUAGGUUUAUCCCAUUUGUUUGUGCUGCGUUGCACAUGCCCUGCCUUAACGCAUCUUCAUCAAACUUACUAAGAGGAAAAAAGAUGCCGCUGUAAAACUUUUCAGUGCUAACGAGAGACAGGGAGAGGAUUGACGCGAUGGGUGAGGACGAUAAACCAGAGUGAGGAACUUUCCAUACGGCCUUACAUCGUCAAGGAGGAUCAGCAUGAUUACAUAGAGACCAUCUUUUAUUUGUUCAAGGAAAAGAGACAAAAGUUUGGGGCGAAGUAUGGCGCGAGAGACUGGAGAGUCUGGAGAAACGAAAAGUGGGAAAGUGAAAAAGCACAAAAGAAGGAAAAGUAAAAAGGAGAGCAAAACAAGGACUGUACACGCCAACAUUUUGUAUGACCAUACCAAAGGAGGGGAUAACCCUAACAGACACUAUGCAAACAAUAAGAUCAAAACCACAAAAUACACUCUGCUUUCCUUCCUACCGAAGAACCUCUUCGAGCAAUUCCACCGGUUUGCCAACGUGUAUUUUGUUUUCAUAGCCUUGCUGAAUUUCGUGCCCGUGGUCAACGCUUUUCAACCGGAGCUUGCUCUUGCCCCAGUGGUUUUUAUAUUGUCCGUUACCGCUAUCAAGGAUUUAUGGGAGGAUUACAGGCGACACCGCUCGGAUAAAGAAAUAAAUCAUAUGGACUGUCUCGUUUACUGCAGGAGUGAAAAACGGUAUGUGGAGAAAUACUGGAAGGAGCUGCGGGUCGGAGACUUUAUUCGGCUACGGUGCAAUGAGAUUCUGCCGGCGGACGUUCUUCUGCUCAGUACCAGUGACCCUGACCGUCUAUGUCACAUUGAGACAGCCACACUGGACGGAGAAACCAACCUCAAGCAGAGGCAGGUGGUGCGCAGCUUCAUCGACCUGGACUGUGAGUUUGACCCAUUAAAAUACAACAGCGUUAUUGAAUGUGAGAAGCCCAACAAUGACCUCAACAGAUUCCGAGGAUACAUAAUUCAUCGCAGUGGGAGGAGAGACGGCCUGUACAAAGACAAUUUGCUGCUCAGGGGCUGCACCAUUCGCAACACAGAGGAGGCUGUAGGAAUCGUCAUCUAUGCAGGUCAUGAGACAAAAGCAAUGCUGAACAACAACGGCCCUCGUUAUAAACGCAGCAAACUGGAGCGGCAGAUGAACGUAGACGUGUUCUGGUGUGUCAUCAUCCUUUUGGUCAUGUGCCUCUUUUCUGCCAUUGGACAUGGCCUGUGGAUGUUUCAGUAUGGAGAUAAGAGGCCUGUCUUUGACGUCCUGGGCCCAGAAGGAACAGAAUUAUCUCCAGUGGUUUCAGCCAUUUAUCUCUUCCUCACCAUGAUUAUAGUAUUCCAGGUGUUGAUCCCAAUCUCGCUGUUUGUUUCCAUUGAAAUAGUGAAGAUAUGCCAGGUGUACUUCAUCCAUCAGGACUUGGAGCUUUACGAUGAGGAAACAGACUCUCACCUGCAGUGCAGGGCUCUAAAUAUCACAGAAGACCUGGGCCAGAUGCAGUACAUUUUCUCUGAUAAGACCGGAACGCUCACAGAAAACAAGAUGGUGUUUCGCCGCUGUACUGUGGCAGGAGUUGAGUACUCGCAUGAUGCCAAUGCAAGAAGAAUUGCUAUGUACCAGGAGGUGGAGUCAGAGGAGGAGGACUGCACAUCUCAUGGUGGGACUCUUCCACGGCGGGACAGCGUUGCCAGCCACCAGAGCGGAAAAGUGGUGUUGCGAUCACAAAGCACCAAAUCUCACCGCCGCACCGGGAGCAGAGCUGAAGCCAAACGGGCCAGCAUUCUAUCCAAACACACUGCCUUCAGCAGCCCCAUGGAGAAGGACAUUACUCCGGAUCCCCAGCUGAUGGAUAAGGUGAAUGAGUGUAGCAGUCAGAUGGAGUUCAUGCGUUUUCACAGUCAGUCCUUGAAUCAGAUCCCGCCUGACCUGUGUGACGUCUUCGACUUCUUCAUCGCUCUCACUAUCUGCAACACUGUGGUUGUUUCUUCACCAAAUCAACCCCGGCAGAAGGUGCGUCGCUUCGAGCUGAAGUCUCCAGUGAAGACGAUCGAGGACUUCAUCAAGCGCUUCACUCCGAGCCGCUUGACCUCCGGCUCCAACAGCAGCAGCUCCUCCAGUCUGGCCACCAACCGCUCGUCCUCACAUAAACUGGGUUGCAGCAUGCUGUCCUCCCCGUCAGCUGAAAACACGCUCACCAAACUAAACGAGGAGAAGCGGCAGGAACAUGACCUACAGCAUGCUUUCAGCCCCGUCCCGCCAAACUUCGAUAAAUCUAAAGCUUUGGCUCAGGAUGAAUGUGAACUCAGGUUUGAAGCUGAGUCUCCGGACGAAGCCGCUCUGGUUUAUGCAGCUCGGGCUUAUAAAUGCGCUCUCGUUGGUCGUUUGCCUGAUCAGGUGACGGUUGAACUUCCACAUUUGGGAAAGUUGAGCUUCGAGCUUCUGCACACCUUGGGGUUUGACUCUACAAGAAAGAGGAUGUCGGUGGUGGUUAAGCAUCCGCUGACUGAACAGAUCACAGUCUACACUAAGGGUGCCGAUUCGGUUAUCAUGGAUUUGAUCAGGCCAGCUACAGAUGAUUGCAAAGGAAAGCGGCAAAGGAAAAUCUUGUAUAAAACCCAAAACUACUUAAAUUUGUAUGCUGCAGAUGGUCUGAGGACACUCUGUAUCGCUAAAAAGGUGCUCAGUAAGGAGGAGUAUGCUAGUUGGUUACAGCGCCACCUGGAGGCAGAAACAGCCAUACAGAGGAGAGAGGAGCUGCUAUUUGAGUCUGCGUUACGACUUGAAACCAACCUCCAACUUUUGGGAGCAACUGGUAUUGAGGACAGACUUCAAGAUGGGGUCCCCGAGACCAUCGCCUCUCUGAGGAAAGCCGGUCUUCAGAUCUGGGUGCUAACAGGAGAUAAACAAGAGACUGCCAUCAACAUUGCCUACGCUUGCAAACUGCUGGACCCAGAGGAGGAGAUCAUCACUCUUAAUGCUGACUCGCAGGAGGCCUGUGCUAGGUUGCUGGAGAACAGUCUGCACUAUAUCCAGGCAAAGUUUCUCUGCGACCCUCGAGCAGGUCCUCAAGCAGCAGGAGACUACGCUGGCAUCCAUUUCUCUUCUCCUGUGUGUUCUCCGACCUCCUCCGGCCACUCCGGCCCCUUCCUGGUGCACCGGCUCGGCCUUGUGAUCGAUGGUCGCACCUUGGCCUAUGCACUGGACAAGAGUUUGGAGGAUAAGUUUCUGGCUGUGGCCCGGAGCUGCAGGUCUGUCCUGUGCUGCCGCUCGACGCCCUUGCAGAAGAGCAUGGUGGUCAAGCUAGUGCGCAACAAGCUCAAGGUCAUGACGCUGGCAAUAGGUGACGGAGCCAAUGACGUUAGCAUGAUCCAAGUGGCUGAUGUGGGAGUGGGGAUCUCUGGACAGGAGGGCAUGCAGGCAGUAAUGGCCAGUGACUUCGCCCUGCCACGGUUUCGAUAUCUGCAGAAGCUGCUCUUGGUUCAUGGCCAUUGGUGUUACUCUCGUCUUGCUAACAUGAUCCUUUACUUCUUCUACAAAAAUGCUAUGUUUGUUGCCCUGAUCUUCUGGUAUCAGUUCUACUGUGGGUUCUCCGGGUCAGCCAUGGUGGACCAGUGGUACCUGAUCUUCUUCAAUCUGAUGUUCUCCGCGUUCCCUCAGCUCAUCACCGGCACACUGGACAAAGACGUGUCAGCAGAAACGCUUCAGGAGCUGCCGCAGCUCUACAUGAAUGGACAAAACUCAGAGGAAUAUAAACCCUACAUGUUUUGGAUGAACAUGAUUGAUGCCUUCUACCAAAGCCUCAUCUGUUUUUUUAUCCCCUACUUUGCUUAUAUUGACUCUGAUGUGGACUUGUUUACGUGGGGUACUCCCAUCACUACCUUGGCACUCUUCACUAUUUUGCUGCACUUGGGCAUCGAAACCAAAACCUGGACGUGGAUGAACUGGGUGUCGAUUGGCUUCAGUAUGGCCCUCUUCUUUACUGUGGCGCUGUGCUAUAACGCCUCCUGCCCGACCUGUUUCUCUCCCUCCAACACCUACUGGACCAUGCAGAGGCUGCUGGGAGAUCCGCUCUUCUACCUACUGUGUGUCGUCACACCUGUCGCCGCUCUUCUGCCCAGAUACUGUUAUAGAGCCUGUCAGGGAACUCUAUUCCCAAAUCCUGUCCACAUGGGAAGACAACUGGACAAACUGCCAGUGGAGAUGCGCAGACUGGUCCUGAGUCAGAGCCAGAUGAAGCUGGGCUCCCUUGGGUCGCUCUUCGCCCCUCGCGCCCCAUUUUUCCCCCUUUGUAGGCCCUUCCAGAAAGACUACCGGCCUAAAGCAAAGCAAAGCCACGUGAGCAGCACCAAACCAAAGGAAAAAGCUCUCGCCAGCCCCAUCUCGUCAAAGAGCGUGGAGAUGCGGGACACCCCGGUAAGCUCAAAGAACUCAGACAACCAUAUCAAACUCAACUUCAGAAAGCAGGACAAAGCUCAGUCCUGCCGACAGGCCUCAGACGGGCCAGUCCCAGAGAACUUAUGCUAUGUGAAGGAACCAUCGAGUCCCAUUACAGGCACUCUGCCAUACACCAAAGACACUCCUGCAUCCAGGACACUUUUAGAAAGCACAGGACUGGAGGUCCCGCUGAGCCCAACAGGCCUGCUACUCUCCUCCACUCCUCUGCUUUCACAAACUGAGACUAUGCAGCUCACCUCGCCACCCGCUAGCUGCUUUUUGGGACAAAAGCUAAACGACGAGGAGCUUUCAAACCAAAAAUCCCUACUAAAACAGUCCCAGGACAGGGAUCACAGCUGCCUACCAGAACAUUCACUCAAAACUACAUUUCUAUGAUGCUUUCUACCUGUUAUGCUGAAUCCAAUUUGCACGAUAGCUUUAAGAAAUGUUAUUAUAUAUUCAUGAUUAUUUUAUGAAGAUAUAGGUUUGGUACUACAUAUAUAUAGAUAUAUAUUUUAGAUGUAUAAAGUUUAGAUUAAAGGUUGUUCUGUUUUUUGAGAGCUUGAGUGAGUGAGUGUGGCCAGCAUAUGCAAACUGGAUGGUCUUUUAUUUUACUUUACUAUGACUGAUUUUUUUUUUCUUUCCUUUUUUUUUUCUUGUUUGGAAACCAUCUCAAAAGUGGAGGAGGUUUGUUUCUCCAAGCAGAAGCAGUCCAGAUACAUUCCUUUAUCUGUUUAUUUGGACCUGGAUGUUCUGGCGCACUUUAUAGAGCCUUCCUCUCCUACCGUUAGACACUGCUGAUAGCACUACACUCGUACUUCCCAUUCCCAGAACCAAAAACAAAACAAAAAUAACGGUACCCUUCGCAGUCAGUAGCUAAACAAAUUCCAGAGAUCCAGAGACAAAAAGUGUACUUGAGGAGUCCUGAACUAAUAUUUGCUUUUAAAUUAAAGUUUCAAACCGAUCAAGAACUAAUCUGCUUGAAAGUUCACUCAAAUAUAAAAAUGUCUUUAUUUGCAUUCAUUACAUUUGUUUUCAUUACAUUUGUGAAUUUGCAGCCAUUAACUUCUAUAGUAUUUUUAGUUCCUACUAAGGUUGUCAAUGGCAGCUGCCAUUUUUCUGAAUUUCUUUCUUCUGUUGAACACAAAACCAGGUAUUGAGAAAAAUUGCAGCAGCCAUUGACAACCUUACUAAGAACCAAAAAUACCAUAGAAGUCACACCAUACCAGAAGGCUGCUACUUUCCAGCAUUUUUUCUUUGUGUUCAGUAGAAGAGAAGAAAAUUUUUUGACUGAAACAUCUCUUUAAUAACUACAUUUUAGCACAUAUUUUAUCUAUUUGUGUUGCAAAAAAAAAAAAAGAUGUGCUGUGACAAACCUUAUUCUGACUUUGACUCUGACAUCAUUUAUGUAUUUCUGGCUUCAAAUUAUUGGAAAAUUUAAUAAUCGUAAUUAAUCAUGUCCAUGAAUGAUCUCAUUUACAAUCCCAUUAAAACAAGUUUUUUGAAUUUUAGAAAAAGUCUUGGUCACUUUAAAUUAAUUGUUAUACAAUCAAUCUGAGAAGAUUGUUAUUUACUCAGCCUCAAGUUGUUUGUCUUCUGCUGAUAGAUAAUAUUGUGAAGAAUGUGGAUGACCAAAUCGAUGUCUCUGCUUGUCCCUGACCAUUUCAAUCAUUUCAGUAUAAAACAACGAAAGUUAAGGCCAGGAAUGGAAUCCGCAUUCUUCAAAAGUAAAAAUGUCUUCAUUUACUCGCACAUUUGUGAAUUUCUUUCUUCUGUUAAACAAGAAAACAAGACCUUCAAAAGAUUUUCAGCCAUUAACAACCUUAGUAGGAACCAAAAACUUCCUUAGUAUGAAGUCAAUGGCUGCUGCUUUCCAAACUUUGUGUUCAAUAGAAGAGAAGAACAUUUUGGGGUAAACUAUCCCUUUAGUAAAUAAAUAGUAAUAUAUUCUAUCUAUUUCUCUUACAAAAAAACAAAAAUGUGACAUUCUGGGUUCAAAUUAUUGGAAAACUUAAACAUGUCCAUGAAUAAUGCCAUUUACAAUCCAAUUAAACACAUAUGUACUAGAAAUAGGGUAGAGUUUUAGAAAUAGGCUUUAGUCAUCUUGAAUUAUUUGUUAUGCAAUCAAUAUAUCUUCUCCUGAAAGAUAAUAUUAUGAAGAAUGUGGAUAAGCAAAUGAAUGUCUGUGCUAGUCACCUCGAGAUUUCCAUAGUGUAAAACAACGAAAGUAGAGGCCAUGAAUGGAAAUCUGCAUUUUUCAAAAUAAUAUAUCUGUGUUCAGACAAAAAACAAACUCAAAGUACUGAAACCAGUUAAUGUAAAUGAUGACAAUUUUAACAUUUGAGUGAACCAUCCCUUUAACUAUUAAACCUCGUUCAGAAGUAGCCAUUAUUCGCAGUCAUGUAGCCACAUUUUACUCAUGGCGUUUCGCUUAAUACGUUCUUGAUUCGUCACUUUCCCUGUUCAUGUUGAUUUAAGCAUUACUUCCUGCUUUACACACUAUUUGUGAAGUGUUAGUCUUUAAAUGUGUUGUUUGUGUGUAUAGAUGCACUCUACAAUUAUCAAGAUUACAAUUUAUGUUAUUACAUACACGUUUACUCGAUUGCGUUCCGUUACUGAAGCUCUUAGACGUCUACCAGACCCUAAAAUGGCUUUCUGUCCUCUAGCACAGUUAAGGUUUUCUUGUGUUUCAUGCAUAUACAGAUGGUGCUUGUGGCAGGCUCUUGCUUGAGUGUUUGUUUGUAUGUCUUGUUUUAGUUAUUAUACUAUAUGCUGCUGCUUUUGUUUCUACACACGUUCCUGCAGGAUAGGAGAUUUAUAUAGUUACAUUCAUCCAGUGCUUUAGGCAGCAGAGGCGUCAGGCUACUUAUCGUUUAUUGACCACGUACAGUCCUAGGGCAUAGCCUUUGGGGAUUUGAUUCAGUGCGUAUGCGAACAUGCUGAUAUCGCAGCCAUACUUUGUUUGCUUUAAACUUUUUUACAGCCUUAUCAGUUGAUAUGUGUACACACACUGUUAUUUGCGAUGAUUGUUUUUCUGCUGUUUAUUUCGUACAAGAUCAUUGACCAAAGAUGCUUGGAGCACAUGACUGCUGGAGACGUUUGUACUGUAACCGCUAGCUUGAGCUGAUUUCUUGAUCCUUUUCAUUGGCUCAGAAAUGGUUCAAGAUGAGUUUUUUUUUUUCUUUUUCUCACCUUCAUCUCAGAUUCUUUUUCUUAAAGGGUUAGUUCACCCACAAAUUAAAAAUGUUAAUAAUUACUCCUCUGCUUAUUAUUUUGAGACCUUCGUUCAUCUGGAAUGCAAAUGGCGAAAUUUUAGAUGAAAUCCCAGAGCUCUUUUAUCUACCAUAUACAGCAGUGAUCUAAAGACUUUUAGAGCCUGGAAAAUAAAAUAUUGGGUAUUACUUUAUUUUUAUGGUCUCUUUAACACAUUUUGUGGAAUUUAGGUGACAUUGCGUCUACAUGCCAACUAAUUCUCAAUAGAUUGUAGGGUUAAAGUUAGUGUAGGUUGACAUGUACUUGCAAAGUUUCUUAAAGUCAGUUAAAUGUCUGCUAAAGGAGCACUAUCAGCAGAUAUUAAGCAGACAGUCUACUAAUACUCAAAUGAGAAGUAAUUGGCAACUUUUAGUCAACAAAAUGUGCAAUAGGGACCAUCAAAAUAAAGUCUUGGAUAAAGUAAAUGGAUUUCAUCUGAAGUGUCUGAAUGGCAUAAUGGGGUGAAUAAUGACAGAAAUGACAUUCUUGGGUGAACUAACCCUUUAGUUUGACCAAAAACUUAAGAUUUGUAGCUAAAAGCGUUUAUAAUAUGAAUCUCAAAGGCAAAGCAAAUAUGAAUACUCACAGCUUAUGACAGUACAUUAAGGUCUUAAAAGGAAUGAUUGAUUUGUGCAAGAUAAACUGUUUCAUAUACACUCUCAGAAAUAGAGGUUUGCGAGCUGUUACUGGGGUGGUACUUUUUCAAAAGUUACACAUUUGUACUUGAAGGGUCCAAAUUGGUACCUCAAAAGUAUAUAUUAGUACCUAAAAAAAUUUAAGAGAAACACUUUUGUACUUUUUAGGUUCUAAUAUGUACCCUUGAGGUAUUAAUAUGGUCUUUUUAGGUAAAAAAAAAGUGUGUCUUUUGAAAAGGUACCACACUAGUGACAGCUUGCGUACCUUCAUUUCUGAGAGUGCAGACUUCAGUUUUGCGCACUGUUAUCAUGCAAAGCUGAGAUCUAUGGAUUGUCGGAAAGCUUUUGGAUUUCAUCUAAAGACCAACAACAACAAAAAAAGAUUUGUAGCUAAAAGCAUUUAUAAAAUGAAACUCAAAGGCAAAGCAAAUAUAAAAUACUCGUAGCUUCUGAGAAUACGUGGAGGUCUUGAGUGAAAUGUUUGAUUUGUGCAAGAUAAAUUAUUUCAUAUAGACAUUUUUGCACACAAACCAGUUGUUUCAGAUUUGUUUUGCCUGUUUGCUUUGGUUUUUUGACUCUAAAAGUGAAGCUAGCUGUUAACAUGCGUUUUUAAACCAAUUUCCUGCCAUGAUUCUUGUUCUGCAGUAAAAGCAAAAUCACCUACAUCCUUGUCCCGAGAAGAAAAUGUAUAGCAAAGCUUAAUUUUUGAGUCAUUUAAUAACUCUUGAUAUUCCAAAUCAGUGUUGGCUUUCUGUUUGAUGCAAAAAUAUGUUUUGUUGUAUUUGUUUAUCAAUUUUUUGAUUGUCAUCAACAUUAAUUGCUUUUAACAGAAUGUCAUGAGGGUGUGUACAUGAUGACAGAGUUGUCAUUAUUCAGCCGAGCUUUCCAUUUAAGUGCCUUUCUACCCUCAACUCUUGUAUCCAAUUUUUUUUUUCCAAUACAGGAAUCUCGCCCUCAGGAACACAAGCAAACCUUCACGAAAACAUUCCAUUUUAAUCAGUCUACGCUAAGAUAAUUAGCAGACUAGACUGUGACCGUGUACCUUCUCAUCACCUAAAACCUUUAGUCUGUAUAAUAGACAGUUUAGAUGCGCACGUGGGGUGUUUAUUCUUUUGUUACGCAAGAUAUUAUUCCCUGAUUCAGCAAAUGUCAGGGGUGUGGUGUAUUACGGAGUCCCCUAGAGAGAUGCUAAAAUAGUUUUUAUGAGAUGAUUUGUCAUGCUGUGCUCGCAUAACCUCAAGGCCUCACCAAUCUGUUCAUUCGGGAUCUCAUUUGGGCAAAACCGCUGAUUUAUGAACAGCCGACCAGGAGGAUUAUAAGAUCUGUUGUGUUCGUUAUGGAAUGUGCUUGGGCCAAAAAAAAAAUUGGGGGGUGUUACUUUUCAAAGCUCCUCAAUUGUACUUUUGUGUCGUUCAUAAACACACGAACCUCAUGUUUGCUUUUUUGUGCUGGAGGGUUGAUAUGAAAAGAUGGUAGAGUUUUUAUAGAGGCUAAUACAGUAUUAAACUGGGUGUAAUCGAGAUUAAAUGACUGAUCGUGUUUGUAUGUGUACACCAAACUAUCCUUCAACACUAAAGAAGCUAUUAUGAAGCACACAAUUACUUUGCCCCUUCAGUUUUCUUCCGCGCAGCUCAGGUUCAACGUUUGUCGCUUUGAGCAAUAUUUUUUAUGGCAUCCUGGAUUUUAUUUUCGUAGAUUUGAUAGUGGAUGAGUGCGAAUAUGCAAGAAAACCGUUUUAUACAAUGUGGAAUAUAUGUUACGUGCCUUAACACUGGAGAACACAUUAUGUAGACGGCAAUACAUACAGUGAAUUUUCUAUAUGUGCAGUAUAUGUAAAGUUAUUCCGAGUUCUAUCAAUGAAUGAUGUUUAAUAAAUAACAAUUUGGAUUUUUUUUUUAAGAAUUUAAAGAGAUUAUGCUGUGUUUUUACUAUACAUUUUCUGUUUAUUUGUUGUUUUUGGAUUGGAAUGUGCCAGUACUUGGAUCCCAGGUUUCAGGUCUGUCAAGUUCUUGGCCAAGCAUCACAUGCUGUAAUAAAAUCCAUUCACAGCUGCAUUCCAGAGCCUUUCCUUCACUUUAGGGCAGAUCACCAGCAGGAAUGCCGUCCUUCACCGUUUCUCAUCGCACAUGUUUAACUAUUGGGUGGAUUGUUCACACUCAGAAUGAUGUUUGUUACUGUCACCGCCGUGACUCUGUCUUAUUGUACUGUAAUCGGUGUUUAAGUCAUACAGGAGUUCAGUAUGUUCUCACUAUAGACUCACUACAUUGCCGGCCCUUCAUGAAAACACACUUUUUUUUAAAGUGGUUCUGUGACUUUUUUGGGGGGUAUUUGUUCAACUGUUCACUCAUUCUUUGUUUGUUCCUUGGCAAGACCAGCAUAAUGUGUCAGAAAACUGAAAUAAACGGUUAAAGAUGG